CACAUGCACGUUUACACAUACACGAAAACGGCAAACUGUCUUCUCUAUUGAUACUCAUAAACCUGCAGAAACUUCUGGCAUUGUUGUUUUGUUUGUUUCUACAUUAUUCGAGCAUUUGAUUCAUGUUUAUAAAUGUCACAAAUAUUCUCAUCAUCCUAAAAGAAGACUUGUUUCAACACGAACAGGAAUAACUCCAGGUGUUUCAACUGAGAUCUGCGGGAUAAAACAUUGUAAAAUGAUGUUUAUUAAAGAAGAGAGUGAGGACAUGAGUUAUCCAGAAUCAUGCAGUUCAAAUGUCAUGAAAAAUGAAGAUACUGAGGAACAAAGAGAUCUGAUAGUAAAAGAGGAAAAUCAAGAACUGAAUGAAGUGAAGGAGGAGAAACACCAUCCGGAUCAGACACUUCAUAGUUUCAAAACUGAACAAAAGUCUUUUAGUGGCUCACAGACUGAAACUUUCUCACAAAAGAGAACUAAAAGAACAAGAGUAAAACAUUCUUUCACCUGCAAUCAGUGCGGGAAGAUUUAUGCACAUAAAGCAGAUCUUAAGCGUCACAUGAGAAAUCACACUGGUGAGAAGCCUUUCACAUGCCAUCAAUGUAUGAAGAGUUUUAAACGUAAAGAAAUUCUCUUAAGGCACAUGAGAAGUCACACUGGAGAGCAGCCUUUCAUGUGCCAUCAGUGUGGGAAGAGUUUCAAACGUAAAGAAAAUCUCACUAGGCACAUGAGAAUUCACACUAGAGAGAAGCCCUUCGCCUGCUAUCAGUGUGGAAAGAGUUUCAAAUGUAAAGAAAAUCUUACUAGGCACAUGAGAAUUCACACUGGUGAGAAGCCCUUCACCUGCUGUCAGUGUGGAAAGAGUUUCAAAUGUAAAGAAAAUCUUACUAAUCACAUGAGAAUUCACACUGGAGAGAAGCCUUUCAAAUGCCAUCAGUGUGGAAAGAGUUUCAUACAGGCAUGUAAUCUAAAGAAACAUCUUUCUGUGCACUCUGGAGAAAAGUCAUAUAGCUGUGAUCAGUGUGGCAAAACAUUUUCUUCAGCAUCAGCCUUAAGAACACACUGGAAAAUUCAUCCAAAUGAGAAGCCCUACUUGUGUUCACUUUGUGGAAAAAGGUUUUCAUUUGUGCAGAGUUUUAAAGUCCACCAGAAAAAGCACACCGGUAUGACAGAUUAUUCAUGCUCUGAGUGUGGUAAAGCCUUUUACAGAACUUGUGACUUGGAAAGUCACAAAAGAAUCCAUACUGGAGAAAAACCUUACAAGUGUUCACAUUGUAAAAAGAGUUUCACCACUUCAGGAAACCUGAAAAAACACGAGAGAGUGCAUACUGGAGAGAAGCCGUACCACUGCACUUCAUGUGGGAAGAGUUUCAGUAUUUCAGGAAACCUGAAAGCACAUGAAAGAGUGCAUACUGGAGAGAAGCCGUACCACUGCACUUCAUGUGGGAAGAGUUUCAGCCAAUCAGGCUCUCUACUGACUCAUAGAAAAAACCAUUGCCCAGGGUUGUCACAGUGAACAAAGUUCAUCUUUAUUUGCCUUGGAAAUGGUUUGAAAUGUAGAAAAAAACAAGAUUUAAUUUCUCUCAAAAGAACAAUUAUAAUUAUAGCUGCAAUCAGAAAUUACGGGGAAAAGUGCUCCAAUGGCAUGCGAGGAAUUGCGGUUUUCAAAAAAACAACAACAAAAAAAACAAACAGUAGAAUCACUUGUAUUACAAAAUAAUUCAUUAUAGGCCUAACUUUUGACCGAUAGGUGGCACUGUCAACACAUUUAUAUGGUGCAGUCAGGUUGUGGUGACAAACACACAAAGUUUCAUGUCAGUUUGCAAAAGUGUUGCCAAGAUACAGCCUCAGAUCCUUUUUGGCAUCUUGCCAUCUACAGUGCUGUGAAAAAGUAUUCGCCCCAUCCUGAUCUUUUGUUUUUGUGUAGAUCUCAUCCUAAAUUGUUUCAAAAAUGUAAACAAAAUCUAUUAUAAAUCAAAGGCAAUCUGAGUAAACACAAAAUACAGUUUUUAAAUUAUAAAGUUAUAUAUAUUGAAUCAAAUAAGUUUUCCAAUAUCAACUGGGCCUGUACUUACUAAAUCAAUAAAAAAAUAUAUAUUUGAAAACUGUAUUUUGUGUUUCCUCGGGUUGCCUUUGUUUUAUGUUAUAUCCCGUUUGAAAAUCUAAAACAAUUUAGUAUGAAAAAUACACAAAAAUAGAAGAAAUCAGGAAUCAAUUUCACAUCACUGUACUUCGUUGUUGCGCUUUUCAAGAAGCGUUUGGUCUGUUGAAAAGCUUCUGACAACUUUUUGCCAUGAGUUUCCCUAGAUGAUACACCCCAAAUUUUGUAGGUACACUCUAGGCAUUGUGCUGAUGAUACAUACCAAAUUUCGUAGUGAUAAACCAAUGCGUUUGUAAAAUAAAUCAUUUUGUGACAAAAUUCAAAAUGGCCAACGGCACUUAUGGCGACAUAUGAAAAAUUGGUAUCAUUUGACUCUGUAUCCCCCCAUUGAAUUUAAAAAGACCUUAUGAUUUCAGGCCAAAGUAUUCAGACGUUAUUAGCAAAAUAGCAAUUUUUCUUUUAUCUUGACCAGUAAGAGGCAUUGUGCAAAACUGUGCAGGUACCCUCAAUUCACGAUGGCUAUGACUAUAUGCCAGAGCAUUGCGAAGAUACAGCCUUGAGUCCCAUUUUGGCGUGCUUGCCGUUCAAUUCAUUAUACAAGAACGAUUUGGUCUAUUAAAAAACUUUUAAUAGCUUUUUGUCACCAGUGUCCCUAUAUGCCAGAUUUUGUGCAAUUAAGACAUACAGCCUAGGAGUUUGAAAAAGUAGGUUUUUCAGAAAAUUCUAAAUGGUGGAAAAUCUAAUAGGGAGGACAUUUUUGUUUCUAGGACCAGGACAGUUUAAAAGAUAUGAGCAUAAACAUAAGUGCAACUUUGAACUUUUGGUGGCACUAGAAGGUCAGAGUCAAGAGACCCCAAUUUUUUUGUAUGAUUUAUGUUCAUACUCUACUAUAUUUGUGUGCCAAAUUUCACAACUUUCCUUUUUCAAAUUUCAAAACAUUAGUUUAGAAAACUGUUGUUGAUGCUGUGAAAUGCAACAGAUAUUGUAUGAAUUGUUUUCUUCUAUAUAAAAUAUUCUGUCUAAUAAAUACAUUUUCCAGAUGUAAAC